AUAGUUGGGCGAGUGGAGAGCGUUUAUGAACAAUGCCUUCACAUUCCAAGUGUUACCAUUAACAUUUCCAUCAGACAAUCCUUUGGAAUGGAAAAAACUUUUCAAACCAUGUGCUGCUCAGCGACUUUUUUUGCCUAAUUUACUCGAAAAUGUUGAUUCUAUUUUGUACAUGGAUACAGAUACUCUAUUUUUGACACCAGUAGAAACUAUUUGGGAACAUUUCAGCAAGUUCAAUUCUAGUCAGAUGGCAGCCUUAGCUCCUGAACAUGAAGACCCAAAUGUUGGAUGGUACAAUCGAUUUGCAAAGCAUCCGUAUUAUGGAAAAUUAGGGGUAAAUUCUGGUGUCAUGCUAAUGAACCUAACUAGAAUGAGGGCAUUUCGUUGGAAAGAAUAUGUUGUUCCUAUUUACAAGAAAUAUAAACUGAAAAUCACAUGGGGAGAUCAAGACAUUAUUAAUAUAAUAUUCCAUUAUCAUCCAG